AUGGAUUUUGCGGCGGUUACGAGAUGUGUGGGAAGGUUCUACGUCUCGCCAGCUUUCGGAGAGUCGAGGAAUCUGAAGUUAUCGUUGUCUGAUUCCCGGAGUUUGAAGUUUCAUGGGAAAAGUCAACGGAGACUUAGCUUCUUCCGUCCCAUCAUGGCGACAGAUGAGUCAGUUUCUGCACUGCCUGGUGAAACGCAGCAAAUCAACGGAAACAUAGUCUGGCAUAACUGUCCCAUCACAAAAUCAGACAGACAAGAACUGAUUAAGCAAAAGGGAUGUGUCAUUUGGAUUACUGGCUUAAGUGGUUCAGGGAAGAGUAGUUUGGCGUGUGCGGUUAGCAGAGCUUUGUACAACCGUGGAAAGCUUACGUAUAUCCUUGAUGGUGACAAUGUUCGACAUGGUUUAAACAGCGAUCUUAGUUUCAAAGCUGAAGAUCGAGCUGAGAACAUUCGGAGAGUUGGUGAAGUCUCCAAAUUGUUUGCUGAUGCUGGGAUCAUUUGUAUUGCUAGUCUCAUCUCUCCUUACCGUAAAGAACGAGCUUCUUGUCGUGCAUUGUUACCACAAGGAGAUUUCAUUGAGGUGUUCAUGGAUGUGCCACUCCAUGUUUGUGAAGCUAGAGACCCAAAGGGCUUAUACAAGCGUGCACGCGCUGGCAAAAUCAAAGGUUUCACAGGAAUAGAUGAUCCUUAUGAACCACCUUUGGAUUGUGAGGUUCGUAUAUAUUUUAGUGAUCAUACUCUAUUUACUAGUUUUUUUGAAUCAUUGGCCUACUACUAUGCCUUGCAGAUUGUGAUUCAAAACAACAGGGAUGAAAAUUCAUCUUCAUCUAUUUCCGAAAUGGCAGAGAUUGUUGUGUCCUACUUAGAUCAAAAUGGAUACCUCAAGCCGUCGUAG